CGAGAUGCAACCUGCAUAAAAGAUCCGUUCAUAAUAAUUUAUAGUUUUUACACGUUCUUUCAUUUAGUUUCCUUAAUUUCAUUUCCUGUUUAAAAUUGAAAAUAAAAAGCGAGAUUUUGAGAAUUUUUUUUACGCUUCCGAUUUUAUGAAGUUACGCUUCCAAAUCGGAAACACUCGAUUCCAAUUGCGCUUUCAAGAUAGAUUAAGGCUUAAAAUAUACAUGGAGCGGUACGGUCGCGCCGGCGAAGAUGGCUCGCGGUGGGAUCCAUAAUGGACCGCUCCAGGAGGCGAAACGGGUAUCGAAGGGUUGCGAGGCGGUGGAGGUGGAGGUGAAUCUACCCAGAGAUGUCGGUUCAAUCACCCUCGAAACCGUGCACCGGAAUCUUCUAGGUCAGAAAACUUUCUUUGAGAACCCUUCUCUCAUGCUUGCAGAUCAACUAAUUAACAGAGUUGAGUAUAUGCAUACUAGAGGUUUCAUUCACCGUGAGAUCAAGCCCGACAACUUUUUAAUCAGGUGUAUAUCAUCGAUUUGGAUUGGGGAAGAUAUGCAGAGACCUUCAGACUCACAGGAACAUUCCGUACAGGUAAAGAUUAUUCCGUUGUUACACCUCGUGAAGGCUUGGGCAUCAAGAAACUCCGAUGAUGGGUUUUUAUCUAAGCCACUC